GUUUCAUCCUUUGGUGAUUAUGUUGUAUUUUCAGCCAUUGUUCACUCCCCUGGUUCAAACCUUUCCAAAACCUCUUCAGUGAAAAUAACAUAUUUGAAUUAUGGACGAUGCCCCUUCAAGUGGUGUCAACAUCCCUACGGAACUGAAAGCCCCUGUGGGACCUCCAGAUAAAGUCACAUUACUCCUGAAAGCCACCGGAAACGCACCUCUAAUGAAGAAAAAGACAUGGUCUGUCAACCGGACGCAAACCAUUGGUUGGGUUGUAAAAUUCUUCCGAGACUAUCUUCAGUGUGCAUCCAAUGAAUCCUUGUUCAUCUAUGUGAAUCAGUGCUUCGCCCCAUCAAUGGACACGGAAGUCGGAACUCUUUACGAUUGCUAUAGCACAGAGGGGAAGUUGGUCCUUCAUUACUGUAAAACUCAAGCUUGGGGUUGAUCUGUAUUUCACACUAUUGUUCCCAUAAUGCGCGUUUUCUAUUGUGAAUCAUGUUUUCUUUUAGGACAAUGCUGCCUUCGAAACCCGUACUUACAUCCGGUUAGUUGUGUGUGUACGUCUAAAAGCUUCUGCGAUCUACAGUCUGUGAUCCACUUUGUGACUUUCUGGAGUCCGCCAUCCACCUGUACCUGUAUCAGAGAGGUGUAUAUCCCCGAUGCUCAUUCUCAGACUUUUCAAUUUUCGGAAUCCAAAUCCAGAAAGGAUAUGUUGUUGUUACAGCUUCAAGAGCACUUUGCGACUGCCCUGAUUCGUUUGAACCUGCUAGAAUGUACUUAUCCUCCAAUAGACUUUGAGACCACUUGGGAACUGUGUGUUCGCUUACGGAAACCGGAGCACAAUUUAAAUGAGACUUCACCAAUGUCCUGGAUCGAAGAUAGCUACAAGAAGCAUAAAUUAGUGGACCGCACAGUUUUCCCGAUAAAGUCUGUUGACACUCCUUAUGUCCAGAUGCAAGUGUUGUUAGAACGAAAGGAAGAAAUAGCUGAAGCUCCGGGUUAA